AGGUCUUGUUUAACUUUGGAGCUUUGUCAGAGAGGAAGUCCGUGUUCGUUGACGUUUGACUCCUGCAGACUUAUACACACCGUCAGCCUCCUACAAGAUGUCUCAAAGGAAGAUGCUGCAAUUCUCCGCAGGAGCUCUGCUUCUUCUCCUGCCCUGGUUUGGUGGCCUGGUCCUCGGAGAGGUCAGCAGAGACUUUUCCAAGUGCCUUGAGUUCUUCUAUGACAGGUCUCCGCCACAGGGCAUCAAUGCAGCCGGGUACCAGCCGAUAUGCCAGCGCUACAAAAACCAGUAUCACUUUGCCAGCCUGUACCACAGAGAGCAUCGCACACCACUGUACUCUGCCUACACACUCGGCCCUGCAGACGGCAAACGUCCUAAUAGCACUUGGAUGUACGAACCACAGUUGGCGUCUUCUUGUGCCAGCUCUGAGAUGAAACCUUUUCACACCCCUCUGGACCAGAACGUGAUCGAGAGCCAGGCGGUGCUCCAGGACUACAGACACUCCAACUUCACAAAAGGCCACCUCAAUCCCAGCAUGCACCAGGAAACGGAAACGAACCGUGAGGCCACCUUCACCCUGACGAACAUUGUCCCCCAGCAGGCGGGCUCCAACACUGGCCCCUGGAACUGUCUAGAGAUGGCAGUAAUGAGACAAUUCAACGCGUUCUGUGAGGGGCCGAUGUAUGUGAUCACAGGGGCCCUGCCUUAUGAGCAAGGAGCGCGCUCGAUCAACAACAGAGUGUCUGUUCCUGAGUACAUGUGGUCUGCCUACUGUUGCCCCACCUACAAAUCUGACCUGCCUAAACAUGAGCGGACAUUUUUCCCCACAUACGCAGCGGUGGGAAGAAAUGACCCAGACAGUGGACAGGAGAUUGUGCCACUUAACCUGAGGGCGAGGAGGUCGGUGCGAGGUUAUGAUGUGAAGCAGAUGAGUUUGACGGCUCUGGAAGACAUCUUGGAACAAAGGCUGGGGAUGCCCAUCAGUCUGUUUGCUGGACAGUGCCACUAAUAAAGAAAAAUAUGCUUUAAAUGCAGUCGUCACCGCAUCUCCUGUGUUCCCUUCCCUUCCUGACUGUUUAAUUACUGAAUGAGAUGGUUUGAUUAACCAGGAUGUGAUGAUUUUGAUUGAAAUAGUUUUUUUCAAUCAAGUGUCUUUUAAGGAGUUGGCAGAUAUCCUGAAAACACAGCGUGAACAUGCAAAUCACUUUUUGAUUUUUAAUUUGACAGUAACAAAGGGUGACAGUGCUUUAGCAUUAACUUUCCUGCUCACACUUUAUGUAUCAGCGCCUGAGUUUUAUGGGUGUCCAGUUGUCAGGAAGUGCAGACACACGCCCCCUAGUGUCACAACCUUAUUCUAGCUUAUAGUUGUCUCAUGAUGAUUGGAAAUGAAUGUUUCUGAUAAAUAUGUUCUUGUUAUUCUUGUACCACUAAACCGGUGAUUCUCAAUAAAUCCAAGCUGUGUGUGGCAAGAAGCC